AAACAAGGCGUUUGUUUCCAACACUGUGAGAGCCCGCCGGUGUAUCACACCCCUCUCACUCACUCUGCUGCUCUCUCAUCCGCCGGGUUGAGAGACCGAAGCAGCCUGAGCGAGGCACAGCGAGGAGGGGAGAGGAAACGGAGAUGUCGAGCAUCAACACGAGACCGCUGCUGCUGGGGCUCGCGUGGGUCCUUCUGGCCGUCCCAACGCCUAAUGUCCGAUGUCUAAACGGCGACGAGGACCAGAGCCAGGACACCGAGUGCAAGAUGAAGAGCGUCACCGUGUCGGCGCUGCCGUUUUUGAGGGAAAACGACCUGAGCAUCAUGCACAGUGCGUCGGCCUCCGAGCCCAAGCUGCUGUUCUCCGUUAGAAACGAUUUUCCCGGAGACGUCGUGGUGGUGGACGACCUGGAAAACACCGAGCUCCCCUUUUUUGUCUUAGAGAUCUCUGGGAAUUCAGAGGACAUCCCUCUGGUGCGCUGGAGGCAGCAAUGGCUGGAGAAUGGCACUCUGCUCUUCCACAUUCACCACCAGGACGGCAGCCUGAACCUCCCGGAACCAACCGAAGACCCAGCCAACGAUUCUGCAAAGGAGGAGCUCCGCAUCCUGCAUAUCUCUGUCAUGGGCGGGAUGAUCGCCCUUCUGCUGUCCAUCCUGUGCCUGGUCCUGAUCCUCUACACCCGCAGGCGCUGGUGUAAACGGCGUCGCAUCCCUCAGCCCCAGAAGAGUGCCAGCGCUGAGGCGGCUAAUGAGAUCCACUACAUUCCCUCAGUGCUGAUGGGAGGCCAAGCCCGGGAGAGCUUGAGGAACUCCCGUGGUCAGGGGCCGAAUUCCAGCGGUACCCUCAGCAUCAGGGAGACACCGAUUUUGGAUGGGUACAAGUAUGAGUACGACAUUACUGACCUGCGUCACCAUCUGCAGCGGGAGUGUAUGAAUGGUGGCGAGGAGUUUGCCAGCCAAGUCACCCGUACCCUGGACUCCCUCCAGGGCUGUAAUGACAAGAACAGUAUGGACCUCGCCCCUGUGAGUGACAACACCAAGCUGGCACUAAUGAACAAAUACAAGGACAACAUUAUCGCCACGAGCCCCAUCGACAGCAACCACCAGCAGAACACCCUGCUUCCACACAACACCUCCACCAGCCAACGCAAACGUCUCUCCAGCAACACCCGUGUUCGGACAAACCCUGGAUCUGCUUUGUCCUCUCCGUGUCAGCCUACCCGUGGACACCACGGUCAGAAAAGAAAAAGGAAAGCGGGUUCAACUUUCUUGAACCCAGACGGCGACUCUGGGACAGAGGCAGACAGCGAGCCUCAGCUGGCCUUUUACACCGACCCAAACCGCAGUCGCCGCCGGAGUCGAGGUAUGAGAAAUGGUAACGCCAACAGCGCGUGGGGCUCAGGGGCAGGUUCCCCACGGAGCCCCAUCAAUAAGACCACCCUGACUUUGAUCAGUGUCAUCAGCUGCGUGAUCGGCCUGGUUUACUCCUCUCACCUCUCCUGUAGCCUCUCAGUCCGGGUAAUCCUACAUGUGCCGGAGCACCUCAUCGCUGAUGGAUCAAGGUUCAUUUUGCUGCAGGGGAGCCAGUUGGACGCCUCAGACUGGCUGAACCCAGCCCAGAUUUUGUUGUACUACCAGCAGAAUGCCAGCGGGCCCUGGGUCAGCGAGCUGUGUGGACGACGCCUCCUGGACCCCUGUGAGCACCAGUGUGACCCAGAGACAGGAGAAUGCCUUUGCCUCGACGGCUACAUGAAAGACCCGGUCCACAAGCACCUCUGCAUCCGUAGUGAGUGGGGGCCCAAUCAGGGUCCCUGGCCUUACACCAUCUUCCAGCGCGGUUUUGAUCUUGUGAUGGGAGAACAGCCCUCUGAUCGCAUUUUCAGAUUCACAUACACCUUAGGAGAAGGAAUGUGGCUGCCAUUGAGUAAAAGCUUUGUCAUCCCCCCUGCCGAGCUUGCCAUUAACCCCUCAGCCAAGUGCAAGACAGACAUGACAGUCAUGGAGGACGCGGUGGACGUACGAGAGGAGUUGAUGAUCAGUUCAUCCUUUGACUCUUUGGAGGUUCUCCUGGACUCAUUUGGGCCCGUCAGAGACUGCACCAAAGACAAUGGAGGUUGCAGCCGCAACUUCCGCUGCAUAUCUGACCGAAAGCUGGACUCCACCGGAUGUGUGUGCCCUCCAGGGUUGAGUCCUAUGAAGGAUGGGACCGGGUGCUACGACCAUCACAUUGGCAUCGACUGCUCUGACGGUUUCAAUGGAGGAUGUGAGCAGCUGUGUCUCCAGCAGCUGGCUCCUCUAGAGGAUGACCCAACACUCUACAACAUCCAGAUGUUCUGUGGGUGUAUUGAGGACUACAAGCGCGGUCCAGAUGGGAGGUCAUGCCUGCCGCUGUCUGAGGCCUGCACUGAGGGAAUAGACUGUGGGGAAGCAGCGGACAUCCCUGCUAACCAGACUGUGUUCGGAGACCUUUUCUACGGAUACAACAACCACACCAAAGAGAGCACCUCCGGACAGAUCCUCAAGGCCACAUUCAGGCAGAAGAACUUUGCCCGAGGCAUCGAGCAGCAGCUCCCAGAUGGCAUGGUGGUGGCAUCGGUGCCAACGGAGGUUCAGUGCCACGAGGAGCUGUCGGACCCUGUGCCCGACCCAGAAUACCUUACAGGCAUGGUGAACUACAGUGAGGUGUCUGGCUACCCCCUUGUUCAGCAUUGGAGUCUUCGCUCUGUGCUGUACCAUGUCAAACUCAAUCAGUGGGUCCUCUCUCAAGCUUUCAGCUCAGCCAUCCAUUCUCUGGACGGGGCGACACAGCGAAGCGACUUUGCCUCCAUCCUCAGGGAGUUCGGGAACCACUACGUGCAGGAAGCGGUGUACGGCUUCCAGGAGUCCUGUACCAUCUGGUACCCCAACAAACAGGUCCAGAGACAGCUGUGGCUGGAGUACCAGGACAUUAGCAAAGGUAACUCACCUUCGGAGGAGUCAGAGGAGCGUGACAAGGAGCCGAGGACGUUGACCUACCCUGCAUACAUCGCUAGUCUGCUGGACACUGGUGCAAAGCGCAUGGCAGCCGGCGUCCGUAUGGACUGCACCAGUCAAGGCCAGUGCCCGCGCUCCUGUUACCUCUGCCACAUGAGCCCAAGGGCGGCGCAAGGGCGGCAGCAGUCCGAGCCUGUCCUGCUGCAGAUCACCAAAGCUGCACCCAUCUAUGAACUGGUGUCCAACAAUGAGACCUACCAGGCUCUUCAGGAGGCGAUGAUGAGCAUGCUGUGGUGUUCAGGGAAAGGUGAUGUUAUUGAUGACUGGUGUCGGUGUGAUUCCAGCGCUUUUGGCACAGACGGACUGCCCACCUGCGCCCCACUUCCCCAACCUAUGCUGAAACUGUCUUACACCUAUGAGCCCAGCAGCUCAUUGGUCAUCAUGGAGUGGAACCACACCGAGCCACCAAUCGGUGUGCGGAUUGUUGAUUACCUCAUCAGCCAGGAGAAAGUGACAGAGAGGACCGAUCACUCCAAAGUUGAGACAGAAACCCUUUUGAGCUUUGUGGAUGACAUCUUGUCAGGGGCUAGGUCUCCAUGUGUGAUGUUAGGGGACAUCCCCAACCUCCUGUCCUCCUCCAUCAGCAUGAUUAUUCGCUGCCUGGAGCCCGACACCACAUAUAUGUUCCGUCUGUGGGCAGUAGACAACACAGGACGCCGUUCCAGCCCAAGUGAGGUCACCAUCAAAACUCCCUGUCCAACUGUGGAUGAUGUCAAAGCACAAGAAAUAGCUGAUAAGAUCUAUAACCUGUUCAAUGGUUACACCAGUGGGAAGGAGCAGCAGACGGCCUACAAUACUCUGAUGGACCUGGGUGCUCCCACGCUCCACCGUGUUCUCUACCACUACAACCAGCGCUACGAGAGCUUCGGAGAAUUCACCUGGAGGUGUGAAGAUGAGCUAGGACCCAGGAAGGCCGGCCUCAUCCUCUCCCAGUUAGAUGAACUCUCCCUGUGGUGUAAGGGUCUUCUUCAGGAGCCGAAGAUCGGUCUCCGCCGGAUGUCCCUCAAGUUCCUGUCCUGCCGUUACACUGACACCAAGGCCUUUGGGCUGAACUGGUCUGACAUGGGCCAGGACGUACACAAGGCCUGUGAUGAGCAGACACUCACUGUCAUAUAUAAUGACUACGGUGAGCCGAAGGAGCUGUAAAACUAUUCAGAAGUUUCAGUUUGGACGUGUAUAGGAAUACGGGAGAUUUGUUAAACCCAACAAAGAAACACAUAAAAUGCAGGUUUCACAAUUGUUUCGAUAAGCUAUAUGGAUUUAUGGUGUCAUAAGCAAAUUCUAAACAUUAUUUGAAAUGCCAUUUACUCUAUUUAGCCUUACCACAUUAUUGGUAAAUGUAUUCAAAAGUCUAAUCAGAGCUUCCGGGUAGGAGAUGAUCUCUGAAGCCUGAUAAUCAUCUAAUAAAUUGGGGUUUUGUUGAUCCAUACCUCUUUGCUGUGCUUUGUUUGAGCUACGCCGAAGUCCACUCCUCCCUUGCAAUAAGUGAAAAUGACUGCAAACUUGACACAUUCUGCAGAUGCUUCACAAUAAAAGCCCUCCUUGUGUCACGCCUUUAAUCAGUUCUCACUGGUCCUUCUUCAUUGCUUUAUGACUGCAUAAUAAUGAUACAUAUUUUCUUUGUUAUACAUCAAAAUUUUAUGGACUGAAGGACCAUUGGGAGUCUGAGAAAAGAAGUGAAGCAAGUAAAGCUUUACUUUCCUAAUCUUGUUUAGGAUUAGGUUGGCGGUUCGAUCCCCAGCUCCUCCUGUCCACAUGUCGAAGUGCCCUUGGUCAAUACACUUGCUCCCAAUGGUCAGGCUAGCAUGGUAGCUGAGUGUGUGUGCCUAUAGGUGAAUGAGAGGCAAAUUGUAAAGUGCUUUGGAUAAAAGUGCAAAAUAAAUGCAGCCAUUUACCAUGUACUGUGAAGCAGCUGCGGAGAGACAAGAUAAAAUUGUUUACUCUGGGCGCCCCAUGACUCACCUUUGCGCGUACCAUUAAGGCUGAGUGCUAACCGCAGCAGCCUGGGUUCGAUUCCAACCCGGGACCCUUUGCUGCAUGUCAUCCCCUCUCUCUCUCCCACCUUUUCUGUCUCUCUCUGCAGCUGUCACUAUCACUACCAAUAAAGGCAAAAAUGGCCGAAAAAAUUAUCUCAAAAAAAUUGUUUACUCAUGCAACAAGGCUAGCUUUUAGCUUUUUGAUUAAAGGUUGGUAUGUGUCUCAAUUUGGAUAUUUUUAGUUUAGUUUAGUUUUCGUUUAGUGUGAAAUAUUGCGAGGCAGGAAUGGACGGACCUAUAAGGCAUGGAAAAUCGAAAUGAAUCAGAAAUCAGUUCCAUUAUGUUUGUACGCGCUUUUCGAAAACUCAAAGCACCUUUUGGGAUGAAUAUCAUGCCAUAUCUCGACAUUGGGAAAAAAAAAACAUCAAAAAAAGGUUUUGCAAGAUUGAAACAAAGUUUUGAAGGCUUGCAUGUUUUGAUGGGCUGAAAAAAAAUUUAAAUCUCUGCAAACAUAACUUUUUACCAGCCGCGACAACCGUGUGAGUCUGUGUGUGUAUGUGUGUGUCAUCAUGGCAAAAUGUGGUCCUGGAGACACCUACUGGAACUGCCGCAGAGGCUGUUUUGAGUACUUUGGCAGGUGUUUACAUGUUUAUCUGUCUGCCUGUGGACUGAUUUUGCCAAUGCGAUAGUAUCACACCUGUGCAAGAUGCAGUCACGAAUCUUUAUAGGUGUGUAGUUGAGAUCAAAAUGAAGGCCAAGUUCGAUGUUGACUGGUGUGAUCCCAUUGCAAGUUAAUUUGUUUCAGACCAGAGCUGCCAGAAAUCACGUAACUCACAAACUCGCAACUGUGUGGGCAGAUCUCUGAAAAGUGGGUGUUGUAAACUCAGCUCUGAAAGAACAGUCUGCAAUACGAGUGCAAAUGUACAUCCGCAAACGUUUCAAAAUAAAGAUUUGCCCUUUCGAAACUCAAGUUUCAAAGUUUCAAAACUUUUUUCCCAACAUAUGCGCACCAGUUCACCAUUUACAAGAUUUCAAACCUGGAAAAAAACAAACUAAUACUCCAGGAGAACAGUGACAAAUUUGAAACCGAAACAUUGUUGCAGUUGUGAAGAAGGAAAACUCAAAUACAAAAUAAUGUUUGCAGAGAUUUAAAAAAAUGUCAGCCUACCAAAACAUUACACAAGCCUUCAAAACUUAGUUUAAAUCUUGCAAAACCUUUUUCAUUAGAAGCUUUUUUUUUUAGAUAUGGCAUGAUAUUCAUCCCAUACUUUUGCAGCACAUAUUUUUAUCAUUUAAAUGCAUGAAUAAAUCCAUAUUACAGUGAUUUUACGUUUAGUUUUGUAUUUGAUCAUGACAUUAAAGGCAAUUAUCUUAGAAAAACAAAUAUCUUAAAGGAACUAAACGUGAGACCGUGCAUUUUACUUCACUUUAUUUCUUUGUUGAAUUCAACAAUCUUUAUUUUAAAACUUUGAUACAUAAAGAGAGCACUUUCUCACAUCUUAAUAGUGUAGUCUAGAUGGGAAAGCGUAAUAUCAUUUGGCUUCUUCAUAGUCAGUCAGAUAUUAAAAGGUCAGAUCUGGGACAUAAAGGGUUACACAUCAAGUCCUUUGUCCCUGUUUAAAUCCAAACUUAGUCAUAUCUUGACAAAUGGCAACUCUUGAUGUCAAACGAGUGGCCAAAAACCGAAAGUGAUUGUGACUUUUUAGGGAGCUCACAUCCAUCUUACAGAGAUGUCUUAGAGAUUUAACUGUUAAAACUCGUUGUAGCUUCAGUUUCACUGGUACAUUCCAACCAUUGCUUAAUAUUUUAUUGCUUCUGAUGCUUGUCGUACACAUAUAUUAUGAAUAACUGCAACACACACAGCAGGUGAACACUUCAUGGGCCAAAACAUCAUGUAUCUCCUCAGCUGUAAUUUGGUAUUGGCUGCUGUAUUAUGUGGAGUUGCUCAUACAUCAAGUCUUAUCAGGACUUGCAGUUUUGAACUAUCACUUCUCUUUUUACAUAUUUUGAAUGAAGUCAGCCUCAUGAACUAGAACAUACAAAUCUGGUUUUGUCUUUUGUCAUUCAUACAUGUUGAAAAGGUAAUCCAGUGCAACAUAUUUAAGGAAAUGUCAUGUAGCGACACUGGGGAAAAAGACAGUAUUUUACAAAGUUAUUCUGUGAGAAAGCUGAAGUAGCAUGUAAGCAAUUGAAGCUAAAGAGAUUUUACUAGAUAGGCAAAAGAAAGAUAAGAGAGGAUGGCCUGCUGGGAGUUAUUUUAGUAGUAUAGACAUUCGAAACAACAACAAACCUUGUACAUAGCAUUAUCAUAAUGUUUUAGCUAUAUAACCUGCUGAAUGUAGUAUUGAUAGUUUGCAUUUAAUAAUAACAGGUAUCACAGAGGAAGUACACAGAUCGGUUUAUUUUCUCUACAUGUUCAGUAAAACGUACCAAACUAUUUGACAGUAUUUGCUUUUAUCGUUUAACAGUUCAAUAUUUUAACAUCAUUCACAAUCCAACCAAUGAACACUGUUAAAAAUAACUAUAAUAUAAUUUUGUAUUGAAACUGCAAAUUAACAGUGUCUUAAUGUUUUCAGCUGCUUCUCUGUAUGUUUAAACUUCAUGCAAUGAUGUAAGUCUUUAGAAAGACUUUUCUGACAUUUACACUAAUACUGUGCAUUUAUUGUGAGUAUAUUUAAACUUUUAUUUGACUUCUAUUUGUUAUGUUAUAAUUUUAUCACUGUGCAGUGGACAUGUUUGAGAUUGAUGUCAAAGAAAUGCAAAUGUAUAUUAGUUGUUGAUUUUUAACAAAGCUCAUAUGUGAAUACUAAAAUAUACACUUGUAGAUUAUUGUAUAGGCAGCAAAGUAUUUCAUAAAUGCAUCACAUUAUAGCCCAGUACAGUGUUUUCCUUCUGUAUAUAUAUGUACAACAGGUGAUAUUUUACAACAUUUACAUGUGCUUUAGUAGAUACAAUAUUGUACUGUAAUAUCUGCUGUGUAGCUUAGUCUAGCAUUUGGAUUAAUCCACUGAUUACAGUUCUGAUGUAAAGAGCAAAGGGUUUUUGCUUUCUUUGAUCUGAUGUUAUCCACUAACUGAAACUGGAUUCGGACCUUUGUCAUAAACUAUAAGUGAUUGGUUGAUUUAAACACUAGAACACUGGAAUUGAACAUAAAAUAAACAAGGCAACAGGAUGGAGACCUCUUGACCUUUGAGAGAAAUGGGAACCAACUUCUACUAUCUGCAUGAUAUUAUUGUGUCUAUACUGUAUGUGGCUAACUUUUUCACUUUGAUCUUUGCUACUUCAAAGAACAAUAAAGAAUAUAUUGUGAAAA